UGUUAGUGCAUUGCCCGCACCCAGCGAUGAUAAGUAACACUAAGGUAAAGCUGAUGAGUAACAGGCUUGAAAUUACAAAUUUUCGUUUCGGUGCUGAGUAUGUUACAAGAAACAGCUGAGCUUAUCAGUUCCGUGGUUGCUUCUUGUUAACAACUUUUCGGUAACGCCUCUUUAAACAGACAGUGUCGAAACUUUCGAUGGCCAGUGGUUUAUGUGACCUAGUUCUGAGCACUAUCGAUUUUGUGACUUAGUUCCAGGCAUUCUUAAGGUGCAGUAACAUUAACACACAGUGUAAUGUGAUAUAGGUUACCUACCGCAGAGACUUUCUUCGGCUCUAUCGUCGAGCGAAUAAUUUUCAGCUGGUGCCAAGGUCGAUCGUGUUGGUCGUGUGCGUUAUUUAUAGUUAGCGCCCUGAACAGAGUCGUUAAUUUUCACAAGCUUGGAUAUUCGACAGUAGCGUGGACAUUGUAAUAUCUGGUAUCUUGUAGAAGUAUUUCAGAGUUGAGUUGAAGACGGUACGCGCGCUGAAUUCCCUCUUGGUUCGAUACACAUCCCACCACCACCGUGCCGCGUAAACUACGAUUCCCAUUCGUACGCUACCCCAGCAGUGUUGGGCGGACGACAAGCGAAACAUGCUUCUAACGGCGACGCAACACGUGGUCCUUGCGGCUGCGGAGGCUGCCAUGUGUCUAAAACAAUGUACUCCAAAGUGUUCAGCGUUAAUGCUUCAGCGUGUAUUGGUGUGCGGACAACAGUCCUACGGCAACUACAGCAGUGUCGCCAUCGCGGAAAACUGUCGCAAGGGUCGCAAUUGCGAAGCGACAGCAGAACUCGGAACAACUACUGUGCGACCAGUUGCUUCCGAUCGUAGGAGCAAGCAGGAGUUGAACGGAUUUUUCGGAUCCAACCAAGGAGUUCCUUUUCCCAGAUCCACUUACUCAGUAGCCCAAGCACCGGUAAGAAACCAGAUACAAAUCAGAAACAUGGCUACUCAAACUCAGCCUCCUCGCUUGAUCGCCGUUGAGGAAGCUCGACGUUUCAUGGUGGAUUGCUUCGUCAAAUCCAAGACGCCUUUGAGUCAUGCUCAGCAAAUGGCAGAUCUACUAGUCGAGGCUGACUAUCGUGGACAUUUUAGCCACGGUAUGAAUCGGUUGGAAAUGUACAUCAAUGAUCUGCACAUAAAUUCCUGCAACGGAGCAGCGGUACCAACUGUGCUGAACGACAUGCCUGCUGCAGCAUGGGUCGACGGUAACAACGGCCUGGGAGCCGUAGUUGGCAAUUUCUGUAUGGAUUUGGCGGUUAAGAAAGCUAAGGAAGUUGGAGUUGGGUGGGUUGUUGCUAAAAGAUCCAAUCACUAUGGUAUUGCUGGCUGGUAUACAUUACGUGCAAUGAAGCAAGGUUGUAUCGGCAUAUCAAUGACUAAUACAUCACCGUUGGCUAGUCCAACUAGAAGUAAAGAAGCCGCCCUAGGAACGAAUCCAUUGUCGGUUGGUGCACCUGCUGAAAAUGGGGAUGGAUUUGUGCUGGACAUGGCAACUACUGCUGUGGCUGUAGGAAAGGUUGAAAUGCAACGCCGCAAGGGUGAACCGAUUCCGGUUGGUUGGGCGCAAGAUCCGUCUGGUCAUCCCACUACAGACGCAAAUGUCGCUUUCGACACCGGUUGCCUGAUGCCACUAGGCGGUACAGAGCUUACCUCGGGUUAUAAAGGUUACGGUCUCUCGGCAAUGGUGGAGGUCUUCUGCGGUAUCAUGGCCGGAUCCAAUUACUCAACCAAAGUGCGAAAAUGGACUCAUGCCGGUGCGGAUUCGGAAGCCAAUCUAGGACAAUGUUUCGUGGCAAUUAAUACGGGCUGCUUUGCACCUGGGUUCGAAACAAGGCUGUCUGAUUUAAACAGUAUUCUGCGAAAUAUGCCAAGAACUGAUGAAUCAAAACCAGUAUUGGUGGCUGGAGAUCCCGAGAAGAUCCACAUGAAGAAAGUAGAUGAAGAGGGAGGCUUGGCCUAUCAUGAAAACCAAAUCAAGGCUUGCAAUCAACUAUCUGAACGAUUGGGAGUUACUCCAAUUGCUUUUGUUUGAAAUAUUAUGUUUUCUCAAAAGUAAACAAAUGCAUUUACAAAGCAAAUCAAAUCAUACCUUUUCUAAAAAGAAUGCUCAUGUUCGUUAGUCAUACAUAAAGCUCUAUUAUUCAUGCAUAACAUUUUUUAACCCAAUCGGCGUACGCUGUUUCGGAAUUUCAUAUUUGGAAUAUCACCAUUAACAGUCUCCCCCUAGCUGGGAUUUGAACAUACGACAACUGGCUUGUUAGGCCAGGGGUGACGUUGCGUAUCUCGUUUUGAGUAACUCGAACGAAAAUAAAUGAUCGCUGAUGGCAUUAUGUGUCAUUUAUCGUAUUUUUUUGAUUUUGAGAGAUAGAUGAACCAAAGGACAAUGACAGCUCUUUUCGAGCUCGAAGCAAAACUGGCAUCGUGUGACGUGUUCGAAAAUAGUAAAAAUCGCUCGAAUCGAGUUGCACAAUGUCACCCCAGUAUUGUACUUGGAGUCCAGCUGGGAGAAAUCCCCCGCCCAAUUCACUUCGAGCUAUUUUAAAGAAAAUAAAAACCCACAGACAAUAACAACUUAGGCUGUUGGUUUAUAGCCGUAGAAUCUUCCACAUCGUUUACACCACAUCUAGGAUAGAACGUGACAACCUGCCACCAAAAAUCAUCUAAUUAACUAUUAAAGUGACAUCCCUGUAAACAGUUAUUCAUUAUUAAUGAGUAAAGUCAUGUGCUCUUUACGGGAAGGAUAAAUAUUUUUGAAUUAUAUGUUUUUAGUUUUAACAAAUUUUGCUUAGAGCUUUGCACUGGAGAGAAUAUUUGCACUUAAAUAGAAGAAGUUGACUUCUUCCAAUACUGGAUUGUAAAAUUUGUUAAUUGUGCAUAGUAAAAUAUUUUCAAUAUA